AUGGACAAGACUAAUGGCAGCAGCAAUGGUGGUUAUGAACCUCAUCCCCCUCCGUACAAUACUCAGGACUACGGACAGAGUUCUUACACAGGGAUGAGCUAUCAGGUGGGGAACGGGAACGUUGCAGUGGUCUCCCCUCCUGGCACCUAUGAUAACAUGGUCCAUCCUGAGGGCACGGCAGCAGCUGGAGGCGACCAUGAGUAUGGUCAAGCUCCACCUGACUACUGUCACGGUUUAGAGGACAGCAGCUUCAGCGACGCUGCCAUACGAAGAGGCUUCAUAAGGAAAGUCUACUUGACUUUGAUGAUUCAGCUGCUGGUGACGGUCGGGAUCAUCUGUGCUUUUCUUUACUGGGACACUCUCAGGAAAUGGACAUGGGCCAACUACUGGUUCUCCUACGUCAUGAUGGUGGCGGUGAUGGUGCUCAUCUUGGCCUUGUCCUGCUGUGGCAACCUCCGUCGUCAAGUCCCCCUCAAUUUCAUCGCCCUGGGCCUGUUUACUAUUGCAGAGGGCCUGAUGCUUGGAUCUGUGGCAGCGUACUUUGAUGCAGAAGCAGUUCUGUGGGCUGUGGGAGCAACAGCGCUGGUGUCCUUCGCCUUGACCCUGUUUGCUCUGCAGUCAAAGUGGGACUUCACCAGAGUAAAUGGGAGCCUGUGGGUGUUUGCCUGGACCCUCUUUUCAUUCGCAUUGCUGUGUGCAAUCCUCCGAUCGCAGUAUCUUUACAUCUUGUACGCCUGCCUGGGAACCUUGCUGUUUUCUUUAUACUUGGUGUUUGAUACCCAGCUUAUCCUGGGUGGGAAACACAGGAAGUAUGAAGUCUCUCCCGAGGAGUAUGUGUUUGCUGCUCUCAACCUCUAUUUGGACAUUGUCACCCUGUUCCUCCUGCUGCUGCAGCUCAUCGGCCUAUGCCGCUAA